AGGAGGUAGGCGUGUAUAUACUUCGCCGGCUUGCUCAGAGACGCGCAGGCAGCCCCCCACUCCCCACGCUUCCCCCCCUCUCGCGACGGCUGCCGAGCCGACGACAUGGCGGCAGCGUGCCGAGAAGGUUGCCGUUCGCUGUAUGCUCUGCUACUCUGAGUCAGGCGCCGCCGGCGUCCCAGAUCCCUCAUCAGUCCCCAGAGUCCAGCGAAGCUAGUCGGUCACUUUGCAGGCCGAAGGAAGAUAAACCACGAAGGACGCAGCCAUCAUGAUCUUCAUGCAGUUUCCUUCUGUGGCUGAGACGCAAGUUCAAACAACAUGCGACCCCGACAUGGAGAAGAGGAUUCGAGCAAGGCAGAGAAUGCUCUUUGAUCAGCUCCAGUCACGCUGCUAUAGGACAAAACUUCCGUGUAUAUGUCCGAAAGAUGAUUCGUACCAUGAAAAUGAAGCCGAAAUGACCAUCUUUUUGAGAAAAGUGAUAGGCGCCGUGUCCUUUGGUAAUCCAAAAAAUAAGGCUACGGAUGAAAACCAUUUCACAGGCUUUGAUGUAGAACAACUGAAGAGUAUUGACAAAGUGUUUGAGUGUUUGAAAAGCAUCAAAGAUUCGGGAGGGAAUGGCGUUGAAAUUGCUGUUAUAGUGAUUAUUUUGAUCGAAGAAGACAAGGUCACAGAAGUUCCCAUAUUUCGCGUCAAAGUAUCCAGUGAACAGGAUACCCCGAACCACUUCGUGGAUGUGUCUGCACGGUGUUACAAGAGCUUUGAAGAAUUACUCCUUAAGAACGAUUUUCCCUCAGCUCAGUUUUGCUAUCCACAAGAUGGUAUAUACUCUUUAGAUGGAGAUGAGGUAAAAGUUUUUAUUGACGACAAUCCAGCGGCUAAGGAGCGGGGUGCAGUAGCUCGGCUUUCCGAAUAUGCUAAACCUAUUGUUUACGCAUCUGCUGCAGCUUUGAAUACCUUAACUGGCUACUGGAAUAAAGAAGUAGCAGUGAGACUUCCACGUUCAUCUGGUUUGAGGGAAGGUUUCCCAUUUUUGAUGACCCCAGGAACAUUGCCUAGCGCA